UCACUACUUUUAUUAAACUCUACAACUAGUCACGAUAUUAUUACGCAUGAAUUUUUAUAUUACCCGCAAAAGAUGUCAUCAAAAGACAGCUGUCAGAAUCCAAACAUGAAUCAACAAACAUCUACGGAGGUGAUACGUGGCAAGAAAUUGGAUAUUUCUGAAGCUGGAUUAUAUGCAUAUGCAGCCACCUGUUCACUGACAUUAGCUGAACUAUUCCCAGAUCCCUGCGAUCAUGAUUACAAUAGACUUUGCGUAAAGAUGAUUUGUCGGCAUUUAAAAUUGAACGAACGCGUAGAACCUGUGAUGAUAUUCCUAAGUGAAGGACAAAGCGGGCAAUCUCAUAAUACUUAUAUUGCUUUAUUAUUGGAAGAAUCAAACUUGAAGGGCAAGACAAUUUUGGUGGUUCAAGACCUUGUACUAUUGGCUGUGCACAAUGGGAUUGUGUCAGGUGAAUAUGAUUCCAGACAAAGAGUAUUAGUGAGACGUAUCUCAGAAUUAUUAAAUGUUCCAUUUCAACUGGUAGAAUUUUAUGAGCAUUCUUUAGUCAGAUUGUUGAGCGAGGAUCAUAAUGUUCAAACCGACGUGGAGCAACAAGAGACUAAGCGACGUCACAAGGUCCGCAAAAUAAAGAGAUAUGCGGCUAUUAGCUUGGCCACCAUAGGAGGUGGUACUUUGCUUGGUUUAACGGGUGGCUUAGCAGCACCACUCAUCGGUAUUGGAGUUGGAACGAUACUCGGAGGUGCCAGUGCAGCUGCGCUAGGGAGUACUGCAGGUGUUGCAAUUAUAGGUUCUCUGUUUGGCGUGGCUGGAGCUGGACUCACAGGUUACAAAAUGAAAAAGCGAGUCGGAGAAGUAGAAGAAUUCGAAUUUCAGCCAUUAACAUUGGCGAAUUAUGGGGCCAUAGAUGAACAGCUUCACAUCGCGAUUGCCAUUACUGGCUGGUUGAAUGACGAGGCCGACGACAACGUUGUCAGACCUUGGCAGGCUCUUGCAGCAUCUAGAGAGCAGUAUGCACUAAGAUACGAAACGAAGUAUUUAAUUGAACUAGGACAAGCGCUAGAGUACAUACUAAGCAUGGCUGUUUCGUUGGCUACACAAGAGGCACUAAAAUACACAAUUCUAUCUAGUCUUGUCAGUGCUGUGGCCUGGCCUGCUGCUCUACUGUCCAUAGCAUCUGUGAUAGAUAAUCCUUGGUCAGUAUGUUGUCGUAGGAGUUCUGAAGUUGGCAAACAAUUGGCACACGUUUUAUUAGCUAAGCAACAUGGUAAAAGGCCAGUCACAUUGGUUGGCUUUAGUCUGGGUGCGAGAGUAAUUUAUUAUUGUUUAAGAGAAAUGGCAGAAAUAGGUGGAGGUAAAGGAAUUAUACAGGACGCGAUAUUAUUGGGAACGCCAGUGACCAAUAACAAAAGCGAAUGGGAAAAAUGUUCGAAAGUAGUAGCUGGCAAAUUUAUCAAUGGGUAUUGCAGCGAGGAUUGGCUAUUACGUUUUCUGUAUCGUACCCUUUCCAUGUCUUCGGGGGUUGCAGGACUGAUGCCUAUUAAGUGCAAGAAAAUAAUGAACAUAGAUUUGAGUUCUAUUGUCGGAGGCCACAGUGAAUACUCUGAUAAAUUAUCAGAAUUAUUGGCUUUUGUUGGGCUCAAUACUAAAAAUUCUCAAGUCUUUGAUACAGAAAGUGGUCUGAAGAAAUCGAAUUCAGAAAUGCCAUACAUGGAAAAAGUUCAAAGUAAUUUGAGAUCAUCAAAGUCUGAAAUGUGCCUACGCUCCAGCAAACAUGUGACUGUACCGAGUACAAUGCCGUCCAAUUGAAAGUAUUCGAAUUAAAAAUAUUCGACAUCCAUGGAAUUAGAAAAACUAUGGGUUUAGUAACACAAAGAAAUAGUUUCAAUGGAGAAAAAGUUUAGAGAAAUAGUUUCGAGAAAAAGUGUCAAUAUUCAAUCAAUUUAUUCUAAAAUGUACGUAUAUUUAUACCUAUUUAAAGCAAACCGUAAUCCAAUGCCUUCAAAUUCAGAGCACAAAUAUUUUAUAGUUUUUCUUAAAGUAAAAAACUAUAUCAUACAAUAUUUCAUAUGGAUUUAGAUUAUAAAUAUAACCAAAGGUUUGAUUAGAAAUACAUUAUAAAUCAUUUAUCUUUCUCAGAACAGUAAUAUCACAAAAAAUAAUUUAUCCAAAUUUAAUGAAUAAAAAGCCAGAAUAUUAGGAAAUUUUGGAAAAUUUUUAAUCUAGACAUAAUAAUACAAAACACGUACAAAGUAUCAAUCGUACCUUAUUACUAAAUAAUUGUCUUGCACCAGAAUCGAUGUACUUGAGAAUACUAGUUAACAUUAUAAUAAAACUUUUCUCGUAGUCUAUUAUUUUUUCAAUAAUUCUUUGGAAAUAAAGCUGAUUGUGGAUCAUUGUUCACAAAUGACGUAUUGAUAACAGAGUUGAACAUGGCAAAUUGGAAAAGUUUUUUCAAUUUCUAAGGUAUCUUAUUUUUUUGAGAAAUAAAGUCUUGGAAUUCAUUUUUAUAUGAACUAUUAAAUAUUUGGAGAAGCUACCAAAUUCAAUGAUAAUACUUGAAUAAGCUUUGAAUUGAUCAAUUAAAGAUGUGGACAUAAUAUUUUGCCAAUUAUAAUACUGAAUCUGCAAAAGAGCUUGGCAUGGAGGACUGAUUUUAUUAUCUCAAGUAAAUUUUGAAAAAAAUAAAAUGAAAAGAACAAGUUGUUAUGUUGUAAAAAUGUUUUCAUACUGAGUCAAUUUUAAAAGUGCAUAUUACUAUUAAGGACUUACGGAGAGAAAAGCGACCAUAUUGCAUUACAGGUAAUCGUGAAGCUAAGGGCUUUAGUAGAUCACACGCAUUAAAGUCCAUAUAAUUAUGUAAUAACUUAUAAUUAGUACACAAUAUAAUUGCUAAAGGAUAUCACAAUUCAAUAGGAAACAAGUUUUUUACGCACAAUACCUUUCAAAAAGCAGACUAUAUUUACCACUGAAAUCAAACUGAGAAAAUUAUCAAGUACACAGACCAUGUGUCAAAAUCUUGUUAAGUUUUUAUAUCAACAUAAUCGAAUUUGCACAUUUUACUGAAACUUACUAUACCUAUGCAGCGUAAAAAGUACUUCAUUAAUUGUAUUGUUCGAUGAUCCAUAACACAAAAUAAAAACAUCAUACCUCCCAACAA